AUGUUUGGAACAUUUGGUCAACAACAAAAUAAUGGUAUGAAUGGUUUUGGUCAACAACCGAAUAACGGUAUGGGAGGUUUUGGAACAUUUGGCCAACAACAAAAUAGUGGUAUGGGAGGAUUUGGUCAACAACAAUCUAAUCCAUUGGGAGGAUUUGGUCAACCACAAUCUAACCUUAUGGGAGGAUUCGGCCAACAACAAAAUAAUGGUAUGAAUAGUUUUGGUCAACAACUGAAUAAUGGUAUGGGAGGUUUUGGAACAUUUGGCCAACAACAAAAUAACAGUAUAGGUGGAUUUGGUCAACAACAAUCUAAUCCAUUGGGAGGAUUUGGUCAACCACAAACUGGAAGUUCUUUUGUUAAAUACCAGGAAACAAUUAAAGAAGGAUCAAGUUAUAAAUCAAUCAACUUUAUGUCACAAUUCAAAAACAAGUCUUUAAUUGAAAUUCGAACAGAAGAUUAUAAAGCAAAUAAUGGAAAUAAACCUGUUCCUCAACAAGGAGGAAUGUUAGGUGGACAACAAAAUGGAUUUGGACAGCAACAAGGAGUGUUUGGUUCUCAACAAAAUGGAUUUGGACAACAACAAGGAGUAUUAGGUAAUCAACAAAAUGGCUUCGGACAACAAGGAGGAUUAUUUGGAGGUCAACAAAAUGGAUUUGGACAACAACAAGGAGUAUUUGGUGGACAACAAGGAGGAAUGUUAGGUAAUCAACAAAAUGGAUUUGGACAACAAGGAGGAUUAUUUGGAGGACAGCAAGGAGGAUUUGGACAACAAACACAAGGAGGAUUUGGAACAAAUGGGUUUGGUCAAACAAAUGGAUUCGGUCAACAAACACAAGGAGGAUUUGGAACGACUGGAUUCGGUCAAACAAAUGGAUUUGGGCGUUAA